AUGACCUCACCAGAACUAGCAGAGCUGGAAAAGGCUCUGAUAGUCGGAAUCUCAGGCCCGUCAUCCAGCGGGAAGACCACCCUAGCACGACUACUACAGCGCAUCUUCUACGGGGUAUCUCUGGAUUCGUCUUUGCGGUUAAGCUCAGCGCAAGACAAUGACAAUGACAACGAGACUAAGGACAAGCUGAAUACAUUCAUCAUCCAUGAAGAUGACUUCUACUAUCCAGAUGACCAAAUCCCCCAUCCUCACAGAAUCCCAUACACAACAACCCCCUCCGGAAAAACAGUCCAAGACUGGGAUACCUCCGCCGCAAUAGAUACAUCCUUCCUCGCACAGGCACUCUCCUACGUCCGGAUCCACGGACACUUACCACCACGGCUGCAAAGCAAAGAAGAUCAGAAUGAGAAUGCGGGACCUUGCGUGUCGGAUGAUCUAGUUGUGGAGCUUCGACGGGAUGUUGAGGCGCGGAUUGCUGCUGCGGAGCAGGGAUCUAUACGUCCGACGUUGGUUUUUAUGGAGGGCUUUUUGUUGUAUGCCCCGCCAGAGGGAUUCGAGUAUAAAUCCAAGACCAAGGGUGGGGAUGGGGAGCUGCAGGGUGUGGGUGAUGAACAUUAUCCGACGGAUCAUAGUGUCUUGAGACCCGUGCAUGCGCAAAUCGGAUUACCUCUUUUCCUGCCUGCCCCUUAUUCAACUGUCAAGGCACGACGGGAGGGGAGGAGUGGAUACGUUACCAUCGGUCCUGCACCGGAACCGCCGACGACAGUGACAGCGACAGUCCUGAACGAUCAGCAGCAGAAACAGCAACCGCAACAGGAGAUCGAUCUUGAUGGAGAAGAUGAUCGCCCACCCCAGAAUUUCUGGACAGAUCCACCCGGUUAUGUGGAUGAUAUUGUUUGGCCGAGGUAUGUGCGUGAUCAUGCUUGGUUGUUGGUUGAUGGGGAUAGCCAGGGGGAGAAAGAAGGGGAUAUUGUUCAGCGGGUUGGCGAGGGCGUUGAUGUUAGGCUUGAUGUUGGUGUUAAGGUUGCGCCUGGUAAGGGGGCGGUUGGCAUGGAGGUUGUGUUGAGGUGGGCUGUUGAGGAGGUUAUGGCUUUUUAUUUGGGUGGGCAAUAG